AUAUAAUAAAAAAAGUAGCAGACUUCACCCCACCCACCCACGGCUUCAUCAUCACAACCAACCACCACCAUCAUCAUAACAAGAACCCGACGGUGCCUCCACCGCCACCACCGUCAACUCCACAGAACCAUGUACAGCUGGCUCGCAGACAACGCAACAUCUCUCUUUUGGCAACCACAACAGCAGCAGCAGCAGGAGGACCAGCCAGAGACCGACGACACGAGCCCAUGCCGCACGCGGGACCCGCGACGGCUCCUCGUGCUCACGGUUGCGCUCUGCGCUCCGCUCAGCGCGCUCAUCCUCCUCGGCAACUUGGUGACGGUGGUCGGCAUCGCCGCGUCCCUCCGUCGCUCACGCUCUUCGCCGGCUCCCAGCUCCCUGCUCCUGCUGAGCCUGGCCGUGGCCGAUCUGAUGCUUGGCGGCACCCUGUCCACGUUUCCCCGCAUGGGUGUCGGUCGCAGCGAGCGCACGCUGUGCGUGCUGCAGCAGCUGCUGCCCAACUUCGCGGCGCUGUCCCUGCUCGCGAACCUCGUGGCGGUGCACGCCGAGAGGUUCCUGAGCGUGGCGAGGCCGUUCCGCCAGGGCAACUCGCGCAUCCGCAGGCUCUGCCCACUGCUGAUCGUCACGGCUUGGGUGGUGCCACUAACGUACGCUUCUCUCCCGGCCCUGGGCUGGAACAACUGGCCACCCGGGAAUGGCAGCGAGCACAUAUGCUGCUUCAAGCUUCAUUUCCCGCCCGCCUACAUCUACCUGGAGAUAUACGGGCUCAUCGUGCCUGGCGUGCUGGCCAUGGCGGUCCUGUCGGCCCGGGUCCUGUGCAUCGCUCGGCACCACGUCCGCAACAUCGGCCGCCUGCAGCGCUCGGCCAACGCGGGGCAGCUGCCCGAGGGCGCGCGGCGUAUGCGGGCGCGACAGAUUCGCAGCCUCGUGUUGUCCUCGACUGCGUUCUGCGCAUGCUGGCUGCCCUACCUGGUGUUCGUGCAGACUUCCUUCUUCAUGAGCCUGAGUGCAAGGUCUGGCAAGGAGGAGGGCGUGGAGCGUCACACCGAGGUGCUCAUCAUCCUCAUGAGCCUGGCGUACACGGCCUCGGCACUGGUGCCACUCAUCCUCAUCUCAGGCCGCCGGAGGUACAAGCGGUCGUUGCUUCGUCUGCUCUCGUGCGGCAUCCGCCGUUGUGCCCGCCCGGUGGUGCCAUCCACUGCCUCUGCACCACCUGAUGUUGCGGACGCCACCGCUGCCACCACCUUCUCCUCUUCCUCUGCAAUGCCGUGGGGUUCGUGCUGCCCUUUCUGUCGAGGCCAGCUUGAGGACAGCGCGAAGGCCAGAUCAACGCCAUCCACCAACAGCAGUGGUGCCCAGCAGUGUGUGGAGGAGAUGGAGGGUGCAGAUUAAACCUGUAGUGCGUGUGAUUAGAUCAGGGUUAGCGUGGCUGUGUCGAGUACGUGUGUGUGUGUGUAUUUGACUGUCACUUCUGUGUAUUAGUGGGGAGCAGAAGUGUAUUGGUGAGCGCACUGCGCUACAAACCCGAUGACCUGAAUUCAAUUCAAGUUCACAGAUUACCUCGCUGAUGAAUAUCUGAACCGGUCCUGGGCAUCCCCUAGAUCAAUUCAUUCCUUAAAUCUGUACCUGGUGUGUAUAUAUAAACAUUGGAGAGACAAAGGCAACCAGGCGUGGUGCUGGCCACACCAUUAUGCGCUGCGUUGGCAUACAUAGGUGCUCUUUAACAGCACUUGCCCCAACAGUCUGUUACGGCUAGAGGGUGAAUCUUUGUCUUUGAGUGGUGACGUCGUAGUGAGAACACUACACUACGAACCCGACAACCUAAAUUCAAUUCCCGGCUAAAGCUAGCUUCAGUGGAAAUUAGUUGAGCGGGUUCUGGGCCUCCCCUAGGUUGACUCAACGAUAACCGAGUACCUAUUGCAGUGUGUCAACAUCAACAUUGGGAGGACAAAACCGGCCAAGCGUGGUGCAGGCCUCACCCACUUCUGAUGUGCCGUGCCGGUCUCCGAUGUGCUAAAUGGGGGAUUAUUUUGUGUGGUUGGGCCCAUGUAUGUAUUUGUGCAUAUAUACAUAUUGACAUAGGUGCCGUUGAUGGUAGCAGCGAUGCCAAGAUCGGACUGUGUGGAGGAGGCUGGAUAAAGAUGCUAGUGGACAAUUGGAGGCAGCUGCCCUCCAGUUACAAAUGACGGUGCAAGUGCGACGUUCAGAACAACAAGCAGAGCGCUGGGAAGCUAAACAAGUUGGCGCAGUGUGGAGCACAGGUGGUGAAUAUGCUAGAUAUCUUAUUUCACCCGUAACACUUGGGUCUGUCUCCUGACCUCCUUCCAGAAAGCCUUUGACACGUUACAUGGCCUCAAAGAGCACCUAACCUGGCACAAGCGAUGUGGUAACGUCACCGCCACUUAGUCGUGAAUGACAGCUGUUGUUAUCCAUAAAUGUAUUUAAGAAUGUAUGUAUUUAUUUUGGAGUACAUAUUAUUUAUAUAUUACUCCACCCAUGUGUGAAUGUAUGCGUAUAUCUGUAUAUAUUCUAAGUCAAAGUCAGGGUGUCUAUGUCCUUAUUUUCGCAUUUUGGCAGCACCCGUCUUCAGUGAAAGGCCAUGAGGCAGACAUGGAAAUGUCCCAUUAUUUGCAGAAAACAAUCACUGUCGACCACAGAGUAAGGAUUUGUUCAAUCAGCCACUGACUGGGAUUUCAAUUGCAUCCUUUUUGUUACGAACCUGCACAAUGCCGCCCGGCCUGGUGAUGUGUUAUGUAUGCACAGUACUGUAUGUUCCUUACAAACAUUUACAUCUUUACGAUGUUUAAUAACCCUCUCGCACUCAUCUGUUUGUGUUUUGUAUUGGCUUAUUCCCUACCUCAUCAUCAUUCAUGUGUUGGCUGUCACUUCUAUGUAUGUCUCAUACACACAUAUCAAAGGGAGCUGUUCUGUACUCCUUUUCAUUAGGACUUUGAUGUAUGUGUUUUAACCUAUCAGAGAUAGAAAUAUAUGCUUUGUAUAUAUCAAUAUUUUAUUUUUGCUUUUUGAUAUGAAUCGGUUUUUAUUUAUUGCAUACAAUACAUUGUAUUUGUAAAGUGUACUUAUUGGUAUUAUUGAUAUACAGUAAA